AUGUAGUCCUCCGAGCCUGGAGAAAACUUCCGCAUCUCCAGCUGGGGAGCUGCUAUGGCUGAUCAGGCAGCCGUGGACCAAGACCCCGCCGCCCCCGCGGUGUCGAUCCGGCCCUCCCGAGCCGAGGACUGCGCGGAGAUCAUGCGCAUGAUCCGGGUAGGCCCUUUCCCACGAGCAGGCAGGCAGGCAGGCAGGCAUUCGACUGGUGCAGCUGCGUCCUGUUCAACUGCUGCACCUGUUGAAUGUCCGCCUAAGCCCCGCAGCUGAGUCCCGGCCCUCCCUGCAGCCCGAAUAGCAAAAAAAAAGAGAGAUUUAUUGCUUAUUGAGCCUUCAUCCUGGUUUGCAGGCAGGCAAGGUGGAUAAAAAUAAAUGUCUUUUUAAAGAAAUUUAAAAAUCGGAUUUUUAAAAAUUUAAAAUAAAAUGCUUUUGGAGGAAAAAUCUUUCCAAAGAUAGUUUUCUGUUUAAGUUGCAUUAGAGUCCAAAGGCUGUUCAUCAGGAAAUAAGGAUUUGUUUUAAGUUUUUCGUGUGUGCUAAAACUCAGUCUAGGGUUGGUGUUUUAAAAAUUGUUUAACCACAUCAGUUAACAAACGUGGAUACAUCUGCUAUAAUGCUAUUGUUUCAGGUAAAUAAAAUGUUUAAAUUGAUAUUAAGGAAAUGGUUAUUUUUCUCCUUCCGAUCAAGCACAGCGGAAAAGUUGCCCAAAUAGAAAACAGUUAACUUGUUAAACCUCACAAUAAUUUCAUCAUUAUCUGACUGGGUGUUUCUUAUAGUAGAACCAAAUCUGUGAUUUUUGUAAAAACUACUCUGGAAAUUUAUUAUUCCAAAAAUGAGACCUUAAUACGGUUGUAAAUAUUAACAUUAUACCAGCAAGAAUGAGUCUUUCUGUUAAAAAUAAUGAUUUAAAUCAAGUCUUACUGACUAGUGAUUUAAAUCAAGUCUUACUGAAAUCGUGAUUUAAAUCGAUUUGAUUUAAAUCAAAUCCUCCCUGCAUCAAGGGUUAAUUAUUUAAUUCCAUUUAUCUGUUGCAUUUAUAUCCCACCCUUUCCCCCUCUUCCUCCUUUAAUCCUCGCUGCAACCCUGUGAGGUAGGCGAGGCGUUAGCUCAGUUGGCAGAGCACGACUCUUCAUCUUGAGAGUCGUGGGUUCGAAUCCCAAGUCGGUCAGAAAGAUUCCUGCAUUUCAGGGAGGUGGGCUGGAUGACCCUUGGGGGGGUCGAGACUUCUCUGCGGAAUUCAUAGUUAAACGGCGGAACUCCCUGCCACUUGAGGCAGCGAUGGCUACCAACUUUGACGGCUUUAAAAGAGGAUUGGUCAAACCCGGUAACGAUGACUGUUUCCUAGUUCUGCUGGAUGUCUCAGCGGCCUUUGAUACCAUUGACCAUAACAUCCUUCUGGACCGUCUUGAGGGGCUGGGAGCUGGGGGCACUGUCAUACAGUGGUUCCGCUCCUUCCUCCUGGGCCGUGUCCAGAAAGUGGUGGGGGAUGAAUGUUUAGACCCCUGGGCUCUCACUUGUGGGGUGCCUAGGGUUCCGUCUUCUCCCCAUGCUUUUCAACAUCUACAUGCAGCCGCUGGGAGAGAUCAUCAGGGGGUUUGGGCUGGGUGUCCAUCAAUAUGCAGAUGAUACCCAGCUCUAUCUUUCUUUCAAAUCGGAACCAGCGAAGGCGGUGAAGGUCCUGUGUGAGUGUCUGGAGGCGGUUGGAGGAUGGAUGGCGGCUAACAGAUUGAGGUUGAAUCCUGACAAGACAGAAGUACAGGAGGCGGGCAGGUGUGGAGGACUCCCUGGUCCUGAAUGGGGCGACAAUGCCCCUGAAGGACCAGAUGCGCAGCCUGGGAGUCAUUUUGGACUCACCGUGGUCCAUGGAGGCGCAGUUCAAUUCUGUGUCCAGGGCAGCUGUCUGUCAGCUCCAUCUGGUACGCAGGAUGAGACCCUUACCUGCCCGCAGACUGUCUCGCCAGAGUGGUGCAUGCUCUGGUUAUCUCUCGCUUGGACUACUGUCAUGUGCUCUACAUGGGGCUACCUUGGAAGGUGACCCAGAAACUGCAAUUAAUCCAGAAUGCGGCAGCCAGACUGGUGACUGGGAGCGGCCGCCGGGACCACAUAACACCGGUCCUGAGAGAUCUGCAUUGGCUCCCAGUACAUUUCCAAGCACAAUUCAAAGUGUUGGUGCUGACCUUGAAAGCCCUAAACUGCCUCAAAGGCCCAGUAUACCUGGAGGAGCGUCUCCACCCCCAUCGUUCUGCCUGGACACUGAGCUCCAGCUCCGAGGGCCUUCUGGCGGUUCCCUCAUUGCGAGAAGCAAAGCUACAGGAAACCAGGCAGAGGGCCUUCUUGGUGGUGGCACCUGUCCUGUGGACCGCCCCCCCUCCCGAGGUGAAGGAACUAAGCAGCUAUCUUUUUGAAACAAGACCCCUGAAGGCAGCCCUGUUUAGGGAAGUUUGUAAAAUUUAAUGCUGUAUUGUUUUUAACACUUGAUUGGAAGCCGCCCAGAGUGGCUGGGGAAACUCAGCCAGAUAGGCGGGGUAUAAGUAAUAAAUUAUUAUUAUUAUUAUUAUUAUUAUUAUUAUUAUGGCUAUGGGGCGGCUACGAGCCAUGAUGGCUCUGCUUCUGAAGGUCAGUUAUUGGGAGCCAUGGCGAGAGGGGAGAGCUGCGUUCGAAUCCUUCUUGUCGGUUUCACAUAACGGGCGUCUGCUUGGCCACGCUGAGGGCAAGAUGCCGGAGAGAUAACCAGCUCAGUCGGUAGAGCGUGAGACUUUUAAUCUCAGGGUUGUGGGUUCAAAUCCCACAUUGGGCAAAAGAUUCCUGCAUACUGCAGCGGGGUGGGCUGGAUGACCCUCAGGGGUCCCACUUGACUCUAUAAUUCUAGGAUCCAGAACAGAAUUUGUUCAGGAUAUUGAGGAGGAAUAAAUUGAAACUGCAGGUGAGCUGGAUUUGGAGCGGAGUGCGAAUUAAUUGAAGCGGGGCCUGGGGGCGGGAUUCGUAUGCGAGGCUUUUAAAUCCUUAAAUGUAGAUUAGCAUAUGCAAAUCCUAUGCAGAUGUGCGGGCCCAGGAUCUAUUCCAGCCCUAGCAACAGCCCCCUGCUGUCAGAAUAAAAGGGAGCGAAGGCUCAUCCUCCUUUGCAAAGUCUAAACUGGGCACACUCUGUAACAACGUUCACCCUGCCUGACUUCAAAAGGAACCUCCUUGGCUUUGAAAGGCUGAGCCAGGAUUUAACCGGAGAGUUUGAUGCUGUUUGUUUAGCGCUGGACCAAGGCCAGGGAUUUCUCUCCUGUGGGUUUUGCAUUAGCAUAGCAAAGCUCGCAGAGAGAUUGUGUAAUUGCCAGAUAUUGCUUUAGACUCUAGGCUAUCCUCUCUCUCUCUCUCUGUCAUUUGAGAUUCUGCAGAAAAACUUGCACUCCGCAGUUUGCAAUCCAGAGAGGCUGCUGGAUCAGGCCGGAGGGGGCCCGAUCCACUCCAGGAUCCUGUUCUCACGGUGGCCGAAUGUGAUAAGAAUUUUUAGGUCUUAGAUAUAUAUUAAUGGUAAAGGGACCCUGACCAUUAGGGUCCAGUCACGGACAACUCUGGGGUUGCGGCGCUCAUCUCGCUUUACUGGCCGAGGGAGCCGGUGUACAGCUUCCGGGUCAUGUGGCCAGCAGGACUGAGCCGCUUCUGGCGAACCAGAGCAGCGCACGGAAAUGCCGUUUACCUUCCCGCCGGAGCGGUACCUCUUUAUCUACUUGCACUGUGACGUGCUUUCGAACUGCUAGAUGGGCAGGAGCAGGGACCGAGCAACGGGAGCUCACCCCGUCGUGGGGAUUCGAACCGCCGACCUUCUGAUCGGCAAGUCCUAGGAUCUGUGGUUUAACCCACAGCGCCACCCACGUCUUUAGAUAUAUAUUAAAUGUUCAUCAAUGUACAGUGGUGCCUCGCAAGACGAAAUUAAUCCGUUCCGCGAGUAUCUUCGUCUAGCGGUUUUUUCGUCUUGCGAAGCAACCCUAUUAGCGGCUUAGCGGAUUAGCGCUAUUAGCGGUUUAGCGGCUAUUAAAGGCUUAUCGGCUUAGAAAAAGGGGGGGGGGGAAGCGGAAAAAAAAUCUCAAGACUCGCAAGACAUUUUCGUCUUGCGAAGCAAGCCCAUAGGGAAAUACGUCCUGCGAAGCACAUUGAAACGGAAAACCCUUUCGUCUAGCGGGUUUUCCGUCUUACGAGGCAUUCUGCCUUGCGGGGCACCACUGUACCAGCCAAGCACGUACGUAGAUCAGCACAGGAAGACCAACCUGAAACCGCUUUUGAUUCCCAAACUGACCAAAUGUUUUCUCUGCAAGGUCAAACUGGAAAAGUCUCCCCAUUGUCUCUUUCCUCACAAAUCCUUUCUCAAGGGCACAUUUAAGAUAUGAAUAGGGUGUGAGCCUGACCUGGCUCAGGAACUGAGUAUUUGUCAUUACAAAAGACUGGCCAGGCUCCCCAGGGUAUCCAAUCAAGCGAGCAUUAACAGAUAACCUGCCAGACAGGAGGUAAACAACGCACUCAGAUUUCUGCUGUAGACCGCCUGUUCUGUGAUGUAGGUAUGAUGUAUGGAGGGGAGGUCUUCUGCUCCAGGGCAGAGAAUUUAAAAUGUGUAUGUAAGGGCAGGCACAAUUUGGUUCUGCGUUCCUCCUCCUCUCCUGCGGGUGAAGGGGGCACCCUGUUGCAACAGAUCAAUAAAGAUCAGGCUAACGAGCUGCUUUGCUUCUCAAUAUUCUCUGGCUGGCCUCUGUUAUUUUCUCCUACCAAUAGGGAACCUACGUAAGGACUCUGUGGGUUAAACCACAGAGCCUAGGGCUUGCCAAUCGGAAGGUUGGUGGUUCGAAUCCCCGUGACGGGGUGAGCUCCCGUUGCUCGGUCCCUGCUCCUGCCAACCUAGCAGUUCGAAAGCACCUCAAAGUGCAAGUAGAUAAAUAGGUACCGCUCCAGUGGGAAGGUAAACGGUGUUUCCGUGCGCUGCUCUGGUUCGCCAGAAGCGGCUUAGUCGUGCUGGCCAUGUGACCCGGAAGCUGUACGCCGGCUCCAUCGGCCAGUAAAGCGAGAUGAGCGCCGCAACCCCAGAGUCAGGCACGACUGGACCUAACGGUCAGGGGUCCCUUUACCUUUGCUUUUAUGUGUGAAAAUUCAAGGUCUUGGCAAGUGAGGUGGUGGGGCAGGCAUUGUACCUGCGGUUAAUGUUCUCUUUCUCUCUUUUCAGGAACUUGCAGAGUUUGAGAAAAUGCCUGAUCAGGUAGCAAACAGCAGUCAAGGUGAGGCUGAACCGCGGGCGGGAAUUCUCAUAGGCAAAUCUUCCCUGGCCAGGUUUAGUCACAGAGGUGUUGUGUUCAUGUUUGGGGCACGAAGGGUGGGAUCAGAUCACCGUGGGCUGAUGGUCAUUGUGGACUCAAACAUCUUGAGGGCACCAGGUGUGGGAGAGGGGCAGCAUUUCCUGCCCCGACCUGGCCACAGUGAUCCACGCGACGGUCACCUCCGGGCUUGACUACUGUAACUCACUCUACGCAGGGCUGCCCUUGAAGCUGACCCAGAAACUCCAGCGGGUGCAGAAUGCUGCAGCGAGGCUCCUCACGGGGUCUCUGCCAUGGGAGCAUAUUCACCCAGUGCUUUUCCAGUUGCACUGGCUCCCGGUAGAGUACAGGGUCAGAUUUAAGGUGCUGGUUUUGACCUUUAAAGCCCUUUGUGGCUUAGGGCCCUUGUAUUUACAGGACUGCCUCUCCUGGUCUGCCCCUCAGAGGACUUUAAGGUCCAUGAAUAAUAAUAGCUUAAAGGUCCCGGGCCCUAAGGAAGUCAGAUUAUCCUCCGCCAGGGCCAGGGCCUUCUCAGUGGUGGCUCCGACCUGAUGGAAUGCUCUGUCCCAUGAGACCAGGGCCCUGCAGGAUUUAACUUCCUUCCAUCGGGCCUGUAAGACAGAGCUAUUCUGCCUGGCCUUUGAAUUCAGCCGGAUCUUUUAUUUCCCUUCUCUUCCUUUUUAUGAAGAUUACCCGCUCUGGGAUCCCACAGCUAAUUCUCCCCUGGCCUCCUCACUGGCCCAAGUAGGGCCAAUUCAGCCAGCUAGCCCUGGGGAAUAUCUAAUUAGUUUUGAAUUUUAUUGUCAUUCAUGUUUUUAUACUGUAUUUUAUGCUGCUUUUAUAAUUGAGGGUUUUAAAUCUGUUGUUAGCCACCCUGAGCCCGGUUUUUGAACCGGGAAGGACUACUGCUAUGCGCUCUACGUGGGGCUACCUUUGAAGGUGACCCGGAAACUGCAAUUAAUCCAGAAUGCGGCAGCUAGACUGGGACUGGGAGACCAUAUAACACCAGUCCUGAAAGACCUCCAUUGGCUCCCAGGACGUUUCCGAGCACAAUUCAAAGUGUUGGUGCUGACCUUGAAAGCCCUAAAUGGCCUCAAAGGCCCAGUAGACCUGAAGGAGCGUCUCCACCCCCAUCGUUCAGCCCGGACACUGAGGUCCAGCUCCGAGGGCCUCCUGGCGGUUCCCUCCCUGCGAGAAGUGAGGUUACAGGGAACCAGGCAGAGGGCCUUCUCGGUGGUGGCUCCCGCCCUGUGGAACGCCCUCCUACCAGAUGUCAAAGAGAAAAACAACUACCAAACUUUUAGAAGACAUCUGAAGGCAGCCCUGUUUAGGGAAGCUUUUAAUGUUUAAUAGGUUUUUGUAUUUUAGUGUUUUGUUGGAAGCCGCCCAGAGUGGCUGAGGAAACCCAGCCAGAUGGGUGGGGUAUAAAUAACAAAUUAGUAGUAGUAGUAGUAGUAGUAUUGGUAUUAUUUCCAGAGCUCACCUGAACUUAAAAGCCCAAAAGUUUGGGAUCGACACAGCUGGUCGUCUUGCAGUUUUUCCUGGGUCCUGCUGACCCGGUUUUUUUCCACCCCCUUUCUCUCACUGUCUCUUUGAUUCUCGCGUCUUUCUUUCCAGGACUUUACGAGGACGGCUUCUGCCAGGACCCCUUCUAUAAAUGUGUGGUGGCCGAGGUUCCCCCAAAACAUCAGAGCAAAGAUGGUAAGCAAGGUUCCUGCCCCAAAAUCCCAUCUUCCAGUAUGGCGAAGAUGCAAUCCUUCCCUCUCUGCCGCAAUGGGGAGCUCCCCUUCUGUUCCCUCCUUCCAUCUCCCAAUUAACCUCCGUCUCCGGGGCUCAAUGAUGGGAGGAAAAGCAGAAGGAAGAAUCGCCCAGGUUUGCCCCAGAGACGUUGUACCUUGGUCAGAGCCCAUCUGGAGUUCUGGGCACCCCAGUUUAAGGAGGAUAUCGACAAGCUAUAGGGCGGCUAAGAGGAUCAAGGGGUCUGGCCAUAUGAGGAGCGGUCGAAGGAGUUGGGAAGGGAGAAGAGGGAACUGAGAGGUGAUAGGACAGCCACCUUCAAAAAUAAUAGAUUGGCAAAUUAAAUUACAGGAAUUUGUAAUUGAGAUGGCUCAAUGGACGAGCAAACUCAGAGGAAACUCAAAGCAAAAAUUUGCGGGAAAAUGGGAUGGUUAUAGAGGAAAUACAAUAAUAGUUUUGACUCCGUGCUAGCGUUCGAGUGACAAAGGAAGUAAAAGGAGGUGGACAACAAUUACGGAUUUAUUAUGUUUUCUGAAUGUAUUGGAAAGGUUUAUUGUUUUGUUUACGUUCAGUUGUAAGAUAAAAUAUAUGCGAAGGGACUUGACAGGAAGUCAGAACUGAAGAAACGAUUUUGUAAGAUAAAAGGUGGGGAAAUAUUUAUUUUCAUUAUUAUUAUUUGUGCGGGUGUGUGUUUUGCAUGGAAUGUCUGGGAGGAAAUAAGAUGGUAAAUAACAAAUAGCAAACAAAAUAUUGAUGUAUGUAAUUUUUAUUUCUCAAUUAUAUUUUGUGGUAGUAUGGUUCUGGCGGUUUUCUUCCCGCGAGAAGCCAAGUUACAGGGAACCAGGCAGAGGGCCUUCUCAGUGGUGGCGCCCGCCCUGUGGAACGCCCUCCCAGCAGAUGUCAAGGAAAUAAACAACUAUCUGACUUUUAGAAGACAUCUGAAGGCAGCCCUGUUUAGCGAUUUUUUUAGUAACUGAUGUUAUAAUGUAUUUUUAAUCUUUGUUGGAAGCCGCCCAGAGUGGCUGGGUAGACGCAGCCAGAUGGGCAGGGUAUACUGUAAAUAAAAAAUAUGAUGGUGAUGAUGAAUUAGAUUUAUAGACCUCCCUUCAUCGCAAGAUCUCAGGGUGGUUCACAGGAUAAAAUACAAGGUAAAUAUUUAAAAUAACACACACACCCCGGCAGACACAUUUAGAAGGCCGUAGAAUAUUGACCAACCAUUAAUCUGCUAUUGAAACUGUGUUUAAUUGAAUGCAACAAGGGUUUUUCCCUCCUCCCCUGUAUUAAAGACUGCAAAUCCUUUUGGACAGGGCCUUAUAUUUUUGUUGUUUCCCUGCAAAUGUCUAUGAAACUCUCUACAUGGAUGGAUUUCCCCCCUAAAUUGACUUUUGACUUUUGAAUUCUGAAUUUAUUGUUAUUCACGUUUUACACUGUAUUUUAUGCUGUUUUUUGUUGCAUCAGUCAAGUGUUUUAAAUUUGUUGUUAGCCGCCCUGAGACCGGUUUUCUGAACCAGGAAGGGCGGGGUAUAAAUAAAAUAUUAUUAUGAUGAUGAUUAUUAACCCUUGGGGUGCAUUGCAAUUUUCCAAUUCUAUGAUUUGCAAUCCGGGGAAUUUCAGAACCACUCACCAAGGUUCUCGUCCCACGGGGAGCGGCCCACAAUCUCUAGGGCAGCCCCCAAUAUAUUUUCUGCCCCCAAAAACUGCCUGGAGUAAAAGGUUGUAUUUGAAUCGCCCGGGUCCUGUUUAUGGUCAGCUGCGAACCUGAUCCAGAAGAGCCCUGGACUGAUUUUAGAAAAGCAGCUUGUGAUCUUUUGUCGCCGUUCUUUCAUUUUUCCCGCUGCAGGCCACACCGUCGUGGGGUUCGGCCUAUAUUUUUUCACUUACAGCACCUGGAAAGGCAGAAACAUCUACAUGGAAGACCUCUACGUCAUGCCAGAGUUUCGAGGUACGGAAAUGCGGAAGGGAAGGAGCUGCUUCAAGGCUCUUAAUCUCCGGGUUGCGAGUUCGAGUUCCGCGUUGGGCAAAGAUUCGUGCAGCACAGGGGGUUGGACUGGAUGACCGUUGGAGUCCCUUACAACCGAACAAUUUGGUGGAUUCUAUGAACAGCCAGGAACUACAGUGGUACCUGAGGUUACAUACCCUUCAGGUUAUAGACUCCACUAACCCAGAAAUAGUGCUUCAGGUUAAGAACUUUGCUUCAGGAUGAGAACAGAAAUCGUGCUCCGGCGGCACGGCAGCAACGAGAGGCCCCAUUAGCUAAAGUGGUGCUUUAGGUUAAGAACAGUUUCAGGUUAAGAACGGACCUCCAGAACGAAUUAAGUACUUAACCCGAGGUACCACUGUAUAAUUAAGAAAAUGUGUGAGAGAGAGAGAGAGAAAGAGAGAGAGAGAGUAUUGCACCUUCAAAGCAACCUGGCGCCCUCCACUUUCAUUGCACUACAAUUCCCAAAACUCCCUGCGAGAAGCAGCCAAGUUACAGGGAACCAGGCAGAGGGCCAGGGAACCAGGCAGAGGUGGCGCCCACCCUGUGGAACGCCCUCCCACCAGAUGUCAAAGAGAAAAAUUAACACUACCAAACUUUUAGAAGACAUCUGAAGGCAGCCCUGUUCAGGGAAGCUUCUAAUGUUUCUUCUAAUGUUUAAUAGGUUAUUGUAUUUUAAUAUUCUGUUGGAAGCCGCCCAGAGCGGCUGGGGAAACCCAGCCAGAUAGGCGGGGUAUAAAUAAUAAUAAAUUACAGUGAUACCUGGGGUUAAGUACUUAAUUCGUUCCGGAGGUCCGUACUUAAGCUGAAACUGUUCUUAACCUGAAGCACCACUUUAGCUAAUGGGGCCUCCUGCUGCUGUCAGAGCACAAUUUCUGUUCUCAUCCUGAAGCAAAGUUCUUAACCUGAAGCACUAUUUCUGGGUUAGCGGAGUCUGUAACCUGAAGUGUAUGUAACCUGAAGCGUAUGUAACCCGAGGAAGGAGUCCGUUUGCUUUGAAAACAAAGGUAAAAUUUGGAGGGAGCGACCUAGACCAGAGGAGGGCGGGACAUGUCCUGGGACGUGGUAGCGGAAGCCAGGAUGCUGAGGCAGAGAGUUCCCAAGGCGUAAAUACCGGGGGGGGGCGUAUUUCCUUCCUUCGGAGAACCCAGGAGUCCUGUCUCCCUUCUGAGCUUUUCCUCUUCCUUCUGUCACAGGGAGAGGCAUUGGGAAGAAGCUGAUGAGCUCCAUUGCCCAGGUAAGAGCUGCCCCUACACAGAAAUGGAACGUUCUGCAUGCCAGGCAACUGUUCUGCUACGUCCCUUUCCCCUAUAAAUAGGGACAUCGGAAGCUGCCUCAUAGCCAGUCAUGCCUCUGGGGUCCACCUAGCUGCAUAUGACCUGCUCGGGCUGGCAGCAAUGACUCUCCAUGUGUAAGUUAAAGGUAAAGGGACCCCUGACCAUUAGGUCCAGUCGUGGCCGACUCUGGGGUUGCGGCGCUCAUCUCACUUUAUUGGCCGAGGGAGCCGGCGUACAGCUUCCGGGUCAUGUGGCCAGCAGGACUAAGCCGCUUCUGGCGAAUCAGAGCAGCGCACGGAAACGCCGUUUAUCUUCCCGCCGGAGUGGUACCUAUUUAUCUACUUGCACUUUGACAUGCUUUCAAACUGCUAGGUUGGCAGGAGCUGGGACCGAGCAACGGGAGCUCACCCCGUCAUUGCGGGGAUUCGAACCGCCAACCUUCUGGUCGGGAAGUCCUAGGCUCUGUGGUUUAACCCACAGCGCCACCCGUGUCAGGCAGGUGUAAUAAUAACUAUUAUUAUUGUGUAUUAUUAUACCUCACCCAUCUGGCUGGGUUUCCCCAGCCACUCUAGGCGGCUCCCAACAGAAUUAAUGAUAAUAAUAAUGAAAAAAUGAUAAAACACCAAACAUUAAAAGUUUCCUUAAACAGGCCUGCCUUCAGAUGUCUUCUAAAAGUCAGAUAGUUGUUUAUUUCCUUGACAUCUGGUGGGAGGGCGUUCCACAGGGCGGGCGCCACCACCGAGAAGGCCCUCUACCUGGUUCCCUGUAGCUUUGCUUCUCACAGGGAGGGAACCGCCAGAAGGCCCUCGGAGCUGGACCUCAGUGUCCGGGCAGAACGAUGGGGGUGGAGACGCUCCUUCAGGUCUACUGGGCCUUUGGGGCCGUUUAGGGCUUUGAAGGUCAGCACCAGCACUUUGAAUUGUGCUCGGAAACAUCCUGGGAGCCAGUGUAGGUCUUUCAGGACCGGUGUUAUGUGGUCUCCCAGUCCCCAGUCUGGCUGCCGCAUUCUGGAUUAAUUGCAGUUUCCGGGUCACCUUCAAAGGUAGCCCCACAUAUAGCGCAUUGCAGUAGUCUAAGCGGGAGAUAACCAGAGCAUGCACCACUCUGGCCAGACAGUCUGCGGGCAGGGAGGGUCUCAUCCUGCGCACCAGAUGGAGCUGGCAAACAGCUGCCCUGGACCCAGAACUGACCUGCGUCUCCAGGGACAGCGGUGAGUCCAAAAUUACUCCCAGGCGAUUCGGCUGGCACCUUUUGCGCCUCCCCUACUCGCAGGGAAACCCUGUUUUGGGGAUCCGGAGCGACGUGGGGUGAGUGGCGCGGUGCUUUGAAUCGACUGCUUCUUUCACGGAGUGAAGCCGCAUUGCUGUUGCCGGAGAGCGCUGACUUUUUCCUGUGGACAAUUGGAUUUUAAACAACUACCCGUGAGUAGAACGGAAAAUUGGACUUUUAAAUACCUUAAUUUGGCACUGAAGCGGGAAGGCUCUAAACAGGAAGUCCGCCUUCCGUUUUUGUAAAUAGACUGAAGCAAAGACGUUACAAGUUAAACUCUUUUAAAGCUUUUGGCAAAGGAUUAAAUUUCCAUCGGUUUAAAAUACAAAACCCCCUUGGAAGCAGGAGAAGAGGGGAAGUUUUGGACCUAGUGAGCCUGCAGGAGAGAGUGAAAAAUCAAAUUACCACUGCUCUGAACCUGGGAACGGGCUGCCAGAUGACGUUUGGAGAGAGUGCAUUGACAGAACGGAUUUGACAGCUAGCUAAAUAAGAGUAGGAUACUGUUUCCAUUGUCCUCCUCUGCGUUUAAAAAAGAGGAAAAGUAACUGAAAAUUGAAACUAUCUUUAAUGCUUGAGAUGUGCCUGAAAGAACUGAUACAAGUGGAGACUGUUUCCCUCUAGAGGGAGCUUUCGAAACUGUUACAGGACUGUAACUGGGGAUUUCCAGCUGCAGAUAAGGAUUCUGAGAACCAGAGAGCGACCUUGGACCAUUUAAAAAUGUUGACAGGAGAGGCCAUUGUGACUGUUUUAUGUAUGAUAAGCUGUUCGCUGGGACAGCUUCUCAAGAAGAUGGAUGACAUGACUUUUAAAGUUGAUAAUUUGGAACAGAAAGUGACUAAUUUGAGUCAAAAGCGAACACCAACACAGAAAUAAUUCAGGACUUGGUACAGGAAUCCAUUUUGGCAGGACAAAUGGUGGGGAGGAGAAGGAGACAGCUGCUGUUGUUGAACAUAAAGUAAUACAAGCGAGAUCCGUGGCUUUACAGAAGCAAAUUGAGGACUAUAAGUUGAGGCCUUUUAUGAUUGAAUCUAGGAAAAGUCAGACUUUGAGGAAUGGAUCCCGGCUUGGAUUAAAGAAGGAAAGUUGGAAAGAUCCCUCUAUGCAGGGAUUAACUGACUUUUGGGACAUGGACUCGGGCCUGGAGGAGAUUGAAGUUUUGGGGGCCUUUGGAUUUGGAGGAAUCUUGAAAUAUGCCCUGAAAUACUUUAUGGACUGUAGCCUCAACUAUGGAAAUUUGGCUGAUCUGUUCAGAAGGAAGAAAAGGAUUGACAGGUUGGAGUUUCCUGAGAUUUGCUCUUUAGCAUUAAAGAAAAUGAAGAAGACCUGCAGAAGGGACUUGGAAAAGAGUUAAGAGCCUCGGACAUAAGAUCACCAGGUUGAUGGACUUUAUGGAGUUGACGGAAAGGACUGGCAGAAUCCAAAACCAGGGAGAGGAGAUGGUGGAAGAAGAUUGGAAAAUUUAAAGUUUAUAUAUAGACAUAUGGUAAAACUAAUGAGUGAUAGAAAAAUGGUGGAAUGAUUUUUAUGGGCUUAGCAGAAAUGUUAUAAGGAGUUAAGCAUAUAUAAGUAUUUUAGUUUUAAUGGAAAAUAAGGUUAAAAAUAUGUUAUUUAUAAUAUGAUAGAAAAUGGAGAAAGAUGGAAAGGAUUUGCUGAAACAAUUAAUAGAAGUGGAAUACAAAAAGGGAGGUGAGAGGAGGUCGAGGAAACAAGGGAAUGAAAGAUUGAGUACGGAAAAGGGAUGAUGUAUGUUUUUAAAUUGUUUUUGUUUUGUUUUAUUUAGGGUUAAGGUUAGGGAGUGGGGUUUGUUUAGUUUAGUUUAAUGUGUUUAGUUUUGAGUUUAGGUUGUGUUUUGCAUUGUUUAUAUACUGUACUGUAUUGUUUUUUAUUUUCUUUUUGCUUUCCUCCUUUGUCUUUUUUUCUGUUUUUCUCUUCCUUUUUGUAAUCUAUAAAAGUAAUAAAUAUUAUUUUUAAAAACAAAAUGACUCCCAGGCUGCACACCUGGUCCUUCGGGGGCACAGUUGCCCAUCGCUACCCAAAGAUCCCGAGGGUUGAACCCACAACCUUCUGCAUGCCAAGCAAGUGUCCUCCCUGCUGAGCUAAGCUCUUUCUUCUUCUCCACUGCAGAUUGGCGUGCAGAAAGGAUGCACCCAGAUGAAGUUAUCGGCUCUGGACUGGAACCAAAAGGCCAUCGACUUAUACCUUGGCAAUGGCGCUGUGGACCUGACUGCCACUGAAGGCUGGCACGUCUUCCGCUUCGAAGAAGACGCCAUGCGGCAGCUGGCAGAGGGGGCAGCUAGCAAAUGAGGCGUGGGCAGAGAUUUCGGAACAGCAGGAGUGUCAUCCCUCGGAGAACCCAGGAAUCAGGGUUCCUUUAUUCACCCUGGACAGAGUGGUUGGGGAGGUCUAGCAGUAGCAGGGCCGCCGCUCGUAGAUUUGCAAAAUGGCGGAGCUGGAUGGGGACCACCAAAGGUCAUCUAUCUCAGCCCCUUGCGAUGCAGGAAUCACACUCAAAGAAUCCCUGACAUCCAGCCUCUGCUUUGAAACCUCCGGGAAAGGAUAGUCCAGCACCUUCUAGGAGUACCUCUGUUGAAUGACUCUCACCACCAGAAUCUGCUUAGCCAGAAUCUCCUUUCUUGCAAACUGAAGACAUGGGUUCGAGUCCUACCCUCCGGAGCAGGAGAAAACAAGCUUGCGUCUUGUGAUAGCCCUCCAUGUGAUAGCCCUGAAGAAAUAUCUUAAGGGCUAUCACAUGGAGGAGAGAUGCAAGCUUGUUUUCUCCUGCUCCGGAGGGUAGGACUCGAACCCAUGGCUUCAAUCUCAGUCCUCUCUUCUCCAGGCUAAAUAUCCCCAGCUCCUUCAACUGUUCCUCAUACGCAGGCUUCCUCAACUUCGGCCCUCCAGAUGUUUUUGGCCCACAACUCCCAUGAUCCCUAGCUAUCAGGACCAGCAGUCAGGGAUGAUGGGAAUUGUAGUCUCCAAACAACUGGAGGGCCGAGGUUGAGGAAGCCUGCUCAUAAUGUAGCCUUCUUAGACUUUACCGACUGGUGGGGUCUGCGUUGCUCCCGGGAGGGAGAAAGGAAGUCAAAUGACACCAAGGUUUGGUUCAGAGAAAGAGUUUAUUCUGCCCUCCGAAUAGCAGAAGGCACUUGCGUGGUCAGUCCAUGGCAAGUCCAAAGUAAUGAGAGAUUUCAUGCAGUAUAUAUAUCCUCCAGGCACCCUCACCCCCCUUCCCCAGGAAUCCAGCCACGUCAGCUUAUACACACAGGUUGACAUCACAGAUGUUCCUGCUCCUUACUCUUAACCAUAAAAGGGUUUUCCUCUUCCUGUUGUUGUUGUUGUUGUUUAGUCGUUUAGUCGUGUCCGCCUCUUCGUGACCUCCUGGACCAGAGCACGCCAGGCACUCCUGUCUUCCACUGCCUCCCGCAGUUUGGUCAAACUCAUGCUGGUAGCUUUGAGAACACUGUCCCACCAUCUCGCCCUCCGUCGUCCCCUUCUCCUUGUGCCCUCCAUCUUUCCC